AAGCUCUAUAUAACCGACGAGGGCAGAGUCCAACACUCCACAGACAAACAUCACGAGAUCAACACCGCCGAAUCGCAACGUACUCACAAAGUCACAAUGGCCACGAGCAUAACGGCAGCGGCGGCGGCGUCGCUGCGUUCCGGCUACGUCCUCCUCGCCGCCCUGGCCGCGCUGCUCGCCGUGGCGGCCGGUGGCGACCCGGGGAAGAUCGGGGUGUGCCACGGCCGCGUGGGCGGCAACCUCCCCGCGCCCGAGGCGGCCGCGGCGCUGCUGAGGAGUAACGGGAUCACCAAGGCGCGGCUCUUCCUGCCGGACCAGGCCGUGCUCCCCGCCUUCGCCGCGGCCGGCAUCGACCUCACGGUCGGCGUGCCCAACGAGAACCUCACCUUCCUCUCCGCGGCCGGGCCCGAGGGCGCGCUGCAGUGGCUGCGCUCCAACGGACUCGCCAGCGGCCCCGUCGCCGGCCGGCUCCGCUACCUCGCUGUCGGCAACGAGGUGCUCUACAACAACCAGUUCUACGCGCCGCACCUGGUGCCGGCCAUGCGGAACCUGCACGCCGCGCUGGCCUCCCUCGGGCUCGACGGCGCCGUCAAGGUCUCCUCGGCGCACGCCUCGUCGGUGCUCGCGUCUUCCUACCCGCCCUCGGCCGGCGCCUUCGACGCCGCCCAGAUGGACGUGCUCCGGCCCAUGCUGCGGCUCCUUGCCGACACCGGCGCCCCCUUCAUGCUCAACGCCUACCCGUUCAUCAGCCACGUCGGCGACCCGGCCAACGUGCCGCUCGCCUACGCGCUCGGCGCCUCCGACGAGCCCGUGGUGCGCGACGGCGCGCUGGCGUACGCGGGCCUGUUCGACGCGACGGUGGACGCGGUGGUGGCGGCGCUCGAGCGGGAGGGCUUCGGCGGGGUGCCCGUGGCGGUGACCGAGACCGGGUGGCCCACCGCGGGGCACCCGGCCGCGACGCCGGAGAACGCCGCGGCGUACAACGGGAGGAUGGCGGAGAGGGCGGCGCGGGGCGCCGGCACGCCGCGCCGGCCCGGGGCGCCCGUGGAGGUGUUCCUGUUCGACCUCUACGACGAGGACGGCAAGACCGGCGCCGAGUUCGAGCGCCACUUCGGCAUCUUCAGGGCAGACGGCGUCAAGGCCUACAACAUCAACUUUGCCUAGAGUAGAGCUGCUUGUAUGGAGAUGAUCGGCACGCUGUUGAUCUGUGGAUCAACUGGCCGAUAUGCUAGCGUGAACUGUCCAUGUAUCUCCCGUUAUGUUAAUUGCUGCGACUUGAACUUUAUGAUUUCAUAAGCA